AUGGCCAUGGGUGAAGGAUUCAAGCUCUUUCACACCCUGUUCUUAGUGAUUGCUUUACAAUAUUGUGCGAAAGUGGGUGCCACUUUUGGCGAUGCCACUGGUGCCGUAAAUCUCGAUCAUCAAUUUUCAUUUCGUGCUUUUGGAUCACAUGACACAGAGGCCCCAGCAGCUACACCAAUUGGAAGUAGCACAGAAGUCUUAGUGUCUGCACCGUUUGGAAGCAUCGCUCAAACUCCAGAGGCUUUAACCUCGGUAGGUGCAUCAAUUGAAAGGAUUGCUCUAACCCCUGAGGGUUCUAAAGUUGGAAGCAUUGCUCUAACCCCCGAGGGUUCUACAGUUGGAAGCAUUGCUCUAACCCCCGAGGGUUCUACAGUUGGAAGCAUUGCUCUAACCCCCGAGGGUUCCACAGUUGGAAGCAUUGCUCUAACCCCCGAGGGUUCCACAGUUGGAAGCAUUGCUCUAACCCCCGAGGGUUCCACAGUUGGAAGCAUUGCUCUAACCCCCGAGGGUUCUACAGUUGGAAGCAUUGCUCUAACCCCCGAGGGUUCUACAGUUGGAAGCAUUGCUCUAGCCCCCGAGGGUUCUACAGUUGGAAGCAUUGCUCUAGCCCCCGAGGGUUCUACAGUUGGAAGCAUUGCUCUAGCCCCCGAGGGUUCAACAGUUGGAAGCAUUGCUCUAGCCCCCGAGGGUUCUACAGUUGGAAGCAUUGCUCUAGCCCCCGAGGGUUCCACAGUUGGAAGCAUUGCUCUAACCCCCGAGGGUUCCACAGUUGGAAGCAUUGCUCUAACCCCCGAGGGUUCCACAGUUGGAAGCAUUGCUCUAACCCCCGAGGGUUCCACAGUUGGAAGCAUUGCUCUAACCCCCGAGGGUUCCACAGUUGGAAGCAUUGCUCUAUCCCCGAAGAGUUCCACAGUUGGAAGCAUUGCUCUAUCUCCAGAGGGUUCAUCAGUUGGAAGCGUUACUCAAACCCCAACCAUUGCACCAAUUGCAAGUAACACACAAUCGUGA